GGCGUUAGUCAGCUCCGUACCGCCAGCCGAACACCUACCACCGAGAGCUGCACUGCUCGAUUCCGUUUCCCAAAUUUAAUUAUAUUUCUAUCUCCUCGUCGAGAAAUGACGCUGGCCGAGGAUAGCAGAAAUCAGUUUUCUCGGGAACUGGUGGAUGCCAUCACAAAGAAUGUUCUCCAGCAGAGUAGCCAGCCAGGCGUCAACACAGUCUUCUCGCCGGCCUCCAUACAGAGCUGUCUGACGCUGGCCUUCAUGGGGGCAUCUGGAUCGACGGCCGAGGAGUUGCGAAAGAGCCUGCACCUGGGCCCGGGCGACAAGGCGCACAUUGCCCGAUCCUUUGGCGAGUUCUGGACAACCAACUGCAACUACGGCGAUAGGGGACCCCUUCUGAAGUCUGUGAACCGCUUGUAUGUGAACGAAACGCUGGAACUGCAGCCGGAGUUCAAUGCGUUUGCCUGGGACUUCUUUAAGUCCAAGGCAGAGCCCGUAAAGUUCUCCGACGCUGUGGCCGUGACGGGGCAGAUCAACUCCUGGGUAAAGGAGCAGACGGAAGACAAAAUCAGAGAGCUGCUGCAGGCCGAUGCGGUCAACCAGGACACGAGUGCGGUGCUCAUCAACGCUCUUUACUUCAAGGGCAAAUGGAAGAAGCCGUUCACUCCCGAGAUCACGGAACAGGACGACUUCUUUUUGAAUUUGCGAGACAGCGUUAAGGUGGACAUGAUGUACCAGGAGGACAAGUUCAAGUACGCCGAGCUGCCCCUCUUGCGAGCACGGGCCGUGCAGCUACCCUACGAGAACUCGAACAUCUCCAUGCUGAUCAUCUUGCCCGACACUACGUGCGGCAUACUAGAUCUGGAGGAGCGAUUGAAGUCGGUGGAUCUGGCCGAUAUUGAGGGGGCCAUGACCUUGGAUGAUGUCGAUAUAGCCUUGCCCAAGCUGACCAUCGAAUUCGAUGUGGAUCUCAAGGACGUACUCAAUCAGCUGGGGAUAUCGGAGGUAUUUGGCAACGAGGCUAAUCUGGACGGACUCUUCACCACAAAGACGGGGCAGAAGAUCUCGGCGGCCAAGCAUCGCGGAUACAUCAGCAUCAACGAGGCAGGGUCUGAGGCAGCGGCCGCGACAUUCAUGAAAAUUGUGCCGAUGAGUCUGAACAUGAGCAAGAAGCUGUUCAAAGUGGACCACCCAUUCGUUUUCUAUAUACGCAGCAGCCAGGCGGUCUUCUUCGCCGGUCGCGUCGUCUCCCCCAGUGAUCUGAAGAGAGAGUCCAUUGCAUCACUGGACACUUCAAGUUCUGCUAAUAUCAGCCAAGAGAGUAAACUCCCGUGUAUAACACGUCUCAGAGCAAACUCCGCUCUAUUCAUAGGCACGCUCAUCGGCGAACAGUUCUUUGGAGGCAAUCAAAUGAGAUUCUACAUGUGCCUUACGCUCUUGGCAGCCUUUGUGGCUUGCCAAGCCUCGGAGGAGAUUUACCAAAUACUGGCCAAAGAUUAUUAUGCCAGCAAGAAUCUCAUCAUCUCCCCCUUCGCCAUCGAUACCAUCCUUAGUCUGGUCUACAUGGGAGCUGCAGGCGCUACCGCCACAGAGCUGCAAAACUACCUGAAAUUAUCGUCAGAGGACAAGCAACUGGUGACCAGCAAGUACAACGAGGUCCUCGACGGCCUCUUCCAGCCACGAGCGGAUAGUCCCACCUUGAAGCUGGCAAACCGCAUUUAUGUCAACGAUCGUUUCCGUUUGAAGGAGGAGUAUAACCAGGUGGUCCGUGACGCCUUUCAUGCUGAUGCACAGAUGUUUAGCGUCGCCGGCGGGGUGGAUCCGACAGAAAGUAUCAACAAGUGGGUACAGGAACAGACGAAUGGCAAGAUCUUGAAUCUUCUGGAGCCCAACAGCCUCAAGCCCGACGUGAUGGCAGUGCUACUGAAUGCCAUCUACUUCAAGGGUGAGUGGCAGUCCAAGUUCGAUGCCAGCAACACUCAGGAGGGCAAUUUCUGGGUGACGGGAGAAGAAACGGUUCCCGUUCAGAUGAUGUCUCAAACGGGUUACUUUAAGGCCCGCUACUUCACCGAUCUCCAGGCACAAGUGAUCGAGCUCCCGUACCUGAACUCCAACCUUUCCAUGUUCCUGUUCCUGCCCAAGGAACGCGAUGGCCUCGGAGCUAUGGAACAGAAAAUCUCUGGCUUCUCUCGGCAAUUGCAUUGUAUGGAGGCUGUUGUGAAGUUGCCUAAGUUCAAAAUAGAGUGCGGCGAAGACCUUAAGGGAACCCUCCAAAAGUUGGGCAUCCGAGAGCUGUUCACCGACGAUUCCGAUCUGAGCGGCCUAUUGGGAGAUAAGGCCAACGGGAAGAUCAGCAAAUUUGCUCACAAAGCGGCUUUGGACGUCAACGAGGAGGGGGCCGAGGCCUCUGCCGCCACAUAUGGAAUGAUCACCAAUCGCUCGAGCUUCACCAUGGUGCUUAGCUUCGAUCAUCCCUUUGCUUUCGUCAUACGGGAUCAGAGAACUAUCUACUUCCAGGGUCAUGUGGUCAGCCCCUGAGUAAUCGUUAUGCUGUAUACGGAUGUCAAAUUAAACGAAAAUAUUAUCAAAACAUAUAAACAACAAGCGGGAUCGCGGCAAGGGCAGCGAUUCUACUUUUAUACCCGGUACUCAG